AUGCGGCCUCCUAGUCAGGACUACGUCCGGUACGUGUCGGGCUUCCGCGGCAGCCGCAAGCUAAAGGUGGGCCAGUACAGCUAUACCAAAAACAAAGAGUGCCACAACAAGACGUACUGGUCGUGCGCGCGGGCCGGCGUCAGCAAGUGCAAAGCGCGCGUGCUAACCUAUACCAUCGAAAAUGGGGAGGAAAAUCUGGUGGUUCAUUUCAUUUCAGUGGGAGCGAACGUGGACGGCGAGGGUGAAGUACUAGAGCCGCCGAAGGACAUUUUCUUCGUCAUCGGUCAGCGGGGUUGCGUGCUGCUGCACGUGGAUGGCUUUCGAUUCGUGAAAAAUCGCGUCAGCAAAAUCAAAACCUAUUGGAUCUGCGCCAAAAAGGGAAGCACAUCGUGUAAAGCGCGAGUCAUCACAGGGAACGUUGAGGACGACGAGAAACAUCCGACGCUGAUUUCUCGAAGUGGCAAACACAACCACGAAGUGAAGGUUCAGCGUAAAGUGAGGACUAGCGCGCAGGAGAUUUUUAUCAUUCGAGAAGCUGAUAAAUAA